CCAACUUAUCAAUCUCUCUACGUCUCUCUUUGACUCUGCCUGAACAUGGAGAUUUCAGUUGCAUCGGUGAGUGUUUCAAUAGCUAUAGCUGUUGUCUCGUGGUGGGUAUGGAGAACUUUAAACUGGGUUUGGUUCAAACCAAAGAUGCUAGAGAGUUACCUGAGAGGACAAGGUCUUUCCGGAAGUCCUUACACGCCUCUUGUCGGCGAUUUGAAGAGGGCUUUUAGCAUGUUGACGGAGGCAAGAUCCAAACCCAUCAAACUAACGGAUGAUAUCACUCCACGUCUCGUGCCUUAUCCCUUGCAAAUGCUCAAGACUCAUGGGAGAACUUACUUUACAUGGCUUGGACCUAUACCAACCAUCACCAUAAUGGAUCCUGAGAAAAUAAAAGAAGUGUUCAACAAAGUUUAUGAUUUCCAGAAGCCACAUACCUUCCCUUUGGCUAGAUUGAUAGGGACUGGUCUUGCUAACUAUGAUGGUGAUAAAUGGGCUAAACACCGACGACUAAUCAACCCUGCUUUCCACCUUGAGAAGAUCAAGAAUAUGGUACCUGCUUUCCACCAGAGCUGCAGUGAGGUUGUUGGCGAAUGGGACAAGUUGGUUUCUGAUAAAGGGCUGUCCUGUGAAGUGGACGUGUGGCCAGGGCUUGUGAGUAUGACUGCUGAUGUGAUCUCUCGUACUGCUUUUGGCAGCAGCUACAAAGAAGGGCAGAGGAUAUUUGAGCUUCAAGGAGAACUAGCACAACUCAUCAUACAAGCUUUUAGAAAACAGUUCAUCCCUGGAUAUAGGUAUCUUCCAACGAAGGAAAAUAGAAUUAUGAAGGCAAAAGCCAGAGAAGUACAAGUUAUUCUGAGAGGGAUGGUUAACAAGAGGUUAAGGGCUAGAGAAGCUGGUGAAGCACCAAGCGAUGACUUGCUGGGUACACUUCUUGAAUCUAAUUUAGGACAAGGUAAAGGAAAUGGAAUUACCAUUGAGGAUGUGAUGGAGGAAUGCAAGUUGUUCUAUUUCGCUGGACAAGAGACAACUUCAGUACUUCUGGUCUGGACAAUGGUUUUGUUAAGCCAACACCAAGACUGGCAAGCUAAGGCAAGAGAAGAAGUGAAACAAGUUUUUGGUGAUAAAGAACCUGAUGUAGACGGCCUGAACCAACUCAAACUCAUGACAAUGAUAUUGUAUGAGGUACUUAGGCUAUAUCCACCAGUGACACAAGUGACCCGAGCCAUUCACAAAGAGAUGAAGCUAGGAGACCUGACAUUACCAGGAGGCGUUCAGAUCAGUCUACCUAUUUUGCUAGUUCAACGUGACACCGAGCUAUGGGGCAAUGAUGCAGCGGAGUUCAAGCCAGAGAGGUUCAAAGAAGGUCUCUCGAAGGCAACGAAGAGUCAAGUCUCCUUCUUUCCCUUUGCAUGGGGACCAAGGAUCUGCAUUGGACAGAACUUUGCCUUAUUGGAGGCAAAGAUGGCCAUGGCAUUGAUUCUACAGAGAUUCUCCUUCGAGUUAUCUCCUUCUUAUGUUCAUGCUCCUUACACAGUCAUCACAAUUCACCCACAGUUUGGUGCUCAGCUUAUCCUGAAGAAGCUCUAGUCUCAUAACGGUUAAAUCCCUUUUUGUUUUUGUUGUUGUCAAAGAAACUUGUAAUACACAAAUGAACCGAGGCCGGAUCAUAA